CACGCGAGCGAGAUGGAUCGUGGUGUGAAAUCGGGGACGGGGGCUGGUUGCUUUUCGGCCCGCCUGAUCGAUUUCUUUAAUUUAUAAUUUUUUUGUGCGCUCGCGGAUUUCGUGUAUGGCCCGGACACGACAGCACGGGAUGGCGUAGCGAUCCCAGAAAUCGUUCCCUUGUUCCCGCAGCGGUUUCCCUUUCCUUACUUUUCUCUCGGUUUUACGAUUCGCGAGAAGGCGACGACGACAUCGACAUCGACUUCAGUUUUUUUUUUCUCUCGACGACGCCCUCCGUCCGUUCAACCUUCCACCCCACCCCCAACCUCCUCUCUCUGUCUCUCUCUCUCGCUCUCGCUUGCUCGCGGGGCUCGGCCAUUCAGCUGCGGAGGCUCCCGGAAUCUCGACCUCGCCUUCCCUGGUCUUGGGUCUCAGUCAAAGGAAGCGCCUUUAGGUAUUGGAAAAUAAAGACAGUGAAGAACAAUUACUUGUCAGAAGCAAGGCAGUUUCCUGAAGAUUAGCCACCCAAGUUGUGAAGGCAAUCAGACUGACAAACUAAAGCUGGUAAAUUACUUCGCUUUGGGAGAGAACUUCUAAUUAGAUCACUUGGAAGUUCCUCUAAUCUUGCAAUAAAUCUGGGGAGUGGAAUAACCACUGACGGAUGAAACAUUGUAUAUUAUGUCUGGACUGAUUGAAGGCCUUCCGGACGCUGUUGCACUGAGGUGCCUUGCACGUGUUCCUUUUCACCUCCACCCAACACUGGAACUCGUUUCUCGGUCUUGGAAAGCUGCCAUACGUAGUCCUGAACUUUUCAAGGCCCGGCAAGAAGUUGGCUCUGCAGAAGACUUGCUGUGUGUAUGUGCUUUUGACCCAGAGAAUUUAUGGCAACUCUAUGACCCUCUCCGAGACCUUUGGAUUACUCUUCCUGUUCUUCCAUCAAAAAUCAGGCACCUAUCCCAUUUUGGCACAGUCUCCACUGCUGGGAAGUUAUUUGUGAUUGGUGGUGGCAGUGAUGCAGUUGAUCCACAGACUGGUGACCAAGAUGGAAGCUUUGCCACCAAUGAAGUGUGGUCGUAUGAUCCAGUUACAAGGCAGUGGGCUUCGCAUGCUUCCAUGCUUGUACCUCGUGCUAUGUUUGCUUGUUGUGCUUUGAAUGGAAAAAUUGUCGUUGCCGGUGGAUUUACCAGCUGUCGGAAAUCAAUUUCCCAAGCUGAGAUGUACGAUCCUGAUAAAGACUUAUGGGUCCAGAUACCUGACCUCCACCGGACCCACAAUUCAGCGUGCUCAGGUAUGGUGAUCGAGGGAAAAGUGCAUGUACUGCAUAAGGGGCUGUCCACUGUGCAAGUCUUGGACCAUGUGGCUCUGGAAUGGACCGUAAAGGAUUACAGUGGGCUACCCCAAGGUCCAAUGGCUGUAGUUCAGGGUUCACUCUAUGUUAUGAGCCAAUCGUUCAUUUGUAAGCUAGAUGGGAAUGAGAGGAAGCCCACAGUCUCUGCCCAUGAGUUCCGAAGGAGAAUUGGGUUCGCCAUGAUUGGGUUGAGGGAUGAAAUUUAUGUGAUCGGAGGGGUUAUUGGUCCCGACAGAUGGAAUUGGGACAUUAAACCACUCUCCGAUGUGGAUGUUCUUACAAUUGGGAGCGAGAGGCCAGCUUGGCGACAGGCGGCUCCGAUGAGUCGGUGCCGUGGUACUAUUCUCGGGUGUGCGCUGUUUAGAGUUUAGGUGAAGGUUGUAAUAUUUUUUUUUCUUUCCCUUUUUUGGCAGAUGGAUGAAAUGUAAGAGGGUAGCACUCUUGUGGUUGUAGCGUUUGGUUUCUCAUUGAACACAGGAGUGUCCUUUUGCCCGUCUCUUCAUGUGUUUGUGAACCGUGAAAUUCUUUUGGGUCGUCUAUGUUGUUUCAUCUGUUGAAAAGCUGGAGUAUGCUGUUUGACUGAUACAAAUUUGAAUACCAGUGAAGCAGGCAAGAAUUUGGUCA